AUGGCGACCUUUACAACGUAUAACACGGAGCUUUACGGUCUUGAACCUUCUACUUUUAAAUUUACGCUUGAUAAUAUCGUAGAUCCACAAUUUGAAACAAGUGACCAGAAUGCUCGCAAUGUGCUUUCAAGAGCUGCAACACUUUUGGCUUCAGGAGAAGUUGUUGCAAUACCUACAGAAACAGUUUACGGACUAGCCGCGAACGCGCUUAGUUCACAAGGGAUUGCAAAAAUUUAUUCUGUAAAGAAUCGACCAGCAGAUAAUCCGUUAAUUGUGCACAUUUCUUCGCUGAAAAUGCUACUUUCAAUCUUUCAAGAAGAUAUACCAGCAAUAUACCUUCCACUCAUAAAGAAAUUUUGGCCUGGACCAUUAACGAUACUUUUACCAAAACCCAAUAUAAUACCUAAUGAAGUCACUUGCAAUCAAAAAACUGUUGCUAUUCGAUUUCCGUCUCACCCAAUUGCUCGCGCAUUAAUAACGGAAUGUGGGUUUCCUCUCGCAGCACCUUCCGCGAAUAUUUCUGGUCGUCCUUCACCAACUUUAGGUAUACAUGUGCUCAACGAUCUUAAUCGAAAAAUAACAAUGAUAAUUGACGGGGGUCAGUGUAAGUCAGGUGUAGAAUCUACGGUGCUUGACGCGAUAAGUAAUCCAAAACAGCCAGUUAUUUUAAGGCCAGGCGGAAUUACCUUUGAAGAUUUAGUUGUGAUGCCGGGGAUGAGUGAGUUAAAAGUAUACAAAAAGGAUUUUGUGGAUGAGAAUCUUGAAAGGGCACCAUCCACCCCUGGAAUGAAAUAUAAACAUUACUCACCAGAUGCUAAAGUUAUUCUAAUUGAUGCCAUAAUACAGGAUCAGAAAAUGCAAGUGGCCAUUGAGAGAGAAAUCAACGAAAUUAGAAAAGAAACUGGUAAAAAGAGAAUCGGACUAUUGAAAACCACUUUGAAAAAUUUUCUAACUGAAAGUCCUUAUUAUGCUUUCGUGAAUUAUAUCGAGAUUAAUAAUAAUAACAAAAUCAUUAAUUAUCAUUUAAACGAUGCGAAUUAUGCUGAUAAUAAUAUUUUAAUCGAUUCUAUUAUCAAAGAUAUGGAUUUGAUUGUUUAUAAUUUAGGUGAUUCGAUUAAACACCCGGAAGAAAUUGCUCGCGAAUUAUUUAAAAGUAUGAGAUAUUUAGAUGAGUUAAAAGUAGACUAUAUUAUAGUAGAAGGCGUAUCUGAAGAGAAAGAAGAUGGCAAGACUGAUUAUUAUGCACGGAAAAGACUUGUCGUUCAGGCCAAAAACAGAUAUAAUUCGCCGAAAUAUCGAUUGGUGGUUCGAUUUACGAACAAAGAUAUUUUUGUGCAGAUAGUUUAUGCAAAAUUACAGGGGGAUUUCGUGCUUACGUCUGCUAAUUCACAUGAAUUGCCAAAAUACGGUAUUAAAGUUGGACUAACAAAUUGGGCAGCCGCAUACGCCACAGGCUUGCUUGCUGCUCGACGUGUUUUAACGAACUUAAAUUUGGCCGACAAGUACGAAGGUGUCGUAGAACCAGACGGCACCAUCGCACCAAUCGAACCACUCGAUGAUUCACCACGUCCAUUCAAAGCAUACCUCGACGUUGGUCUAAAACGCACAUCUACAGGCUCAAAAGUAUUUGCCGUGACGAAAGGUGCUUCCGACGGUGGUAUCUUUAUUCCUCACUCGGAGAAUCGGUUCCCUGGUUACAGUACCGAAUCGAAAUCACUCGAUUCCGAAGUACUACGAAAAUAUAUUUAUGGGGGUCAUGUGGCCGAUUAUAUGCGUUUGUUGCAAGAUGAGGACGAUGAUCGUUAUAAACGUCAAUUCUCGCAGUUUAUUGAGAAGGGUGUUACGGCUGAUGAUUUAGAAGAUAUUUAUAAGAAUGCGCAUGCUAAGAUUAGAGCUGAUCCGUCGUUUGUUCCCACUAAAAAAACGAAAGAUUAUAAGACAGCGUUUGCCAAGUACCAUAAAAAACGUUUGAAUCUCAAACAACGUCGUAAUAAAGUUCAACAAAAGAUUGCGGCAUUCAAACGUGCACAAGCUGCCGAAGGAGAAGAAUAG